AUGGCGGGUCUUGCUGUGCCGCACAGUUCCCUGUGUGCCGCGCUCGGAUUCGCUGCGCCCUCGCACUAUACGAUGGAUAUCAAUCUCCGGACAAGUUGCGGCCGAAAGAACGCCGCAGGCAACAUAGUCUCCUGCGCAGGGCUUUUGAGCCACUUGACCUGUCGCCUUGUUCGGUUACACUUCGGUGAUCCACUUCCCAAUGAUUGA